AUGUCUAGACCAUUCGCCAUUGAGAAUAUUGGCUACAGGGAUUACAAUAUAUACACCAUUAUAUCAGCUUCAGUACCCAUUAUCAUCUUCUUCUAUCUGGACACAAUUAAUUGCAACCCUAAGGCUCUCAAUAAUACCUUGGUAGAAGCGAGUAUGGCCCUGGAAGUGAUCUCGAUGAUUACCAAGAUGGAUAGUUCGUUCAAUGCAGGUGAACAGAAUUGGAAUCACGAUCUGGAAGAAAAGCAACACGCAUAA